ACACUAGCGCACCGCCGCGCCGUCAAGCGAUCGAUGGCGUCGCUUUGCGUUUGUUUCGUGAAAAUAAAUAAUUGGAAUGUGUGUUUGUCUACACAAAUUAGUUAGUUAUUAGUAAUUAUUAUGAUUAUCGUAUUUCCUGUGAAAAUAAGUUAGUGAAACGUAAAAAUGGAUCCGAAAACUACGGAUUGGCGGGCCGGUCCCAAUGUUUGUCGUUGUUGUUUAGCAGAAGGGUGCUAUAAAGACAUUUCUACGGAGUAUUUUUGGAUGGGAAAGCGCGAAGUAUACGCUGAAAUGCUUUCUGAAACCCUUAAUCUAAGUAUUGCCUAUUCAAAUUCCGGCGGGCCGAACAGCAACAGUCGGUUGAUAUGUGAACUGUGUAUAUCGCGGCUGCGGGACGCCUCGGACUUCAAGCGCCAGGUGCAGGAGUGUGAGCGGACGUUCCUACGGCAUCUAGAUCCUGGCAGCUCUUCCAUGGCCGGUGAUGUUGAAGUAACCCUGGAGCCGACAGAAGUAGACCCGGACGUGAAGCUGGAGCGCGUGAAACAAGAGAAGCCGGUCAGCGACGAUGAUGACGAGUUUGACGAGCGAUGCGGAUUCGAUGACGAUGACGAUGAUGACGAUCUUGACGAUCAACCCCUAACAAGAUUAGCUAGCAGGAUACCUAAAAAGGAGUCAGUAGACUUACUGGACCUACUCGAUAACACUAAGGCAACGGAAAAGAGGAAAUCUUCAUCGAAGGCUAAAUCAGUGCCCACCAAAAAGGCUAAAACUAUCAAGAAGGAUGUCAAAGCGACAUCUAGCAAGACACCGGUUAAAACUGAGAAAAAGAAAAAAGGGUCCACAAAGGAUAUUGACGGACUCGAAAGUAAACCAAAACAAAGAUUGUUCGAACGGUCCGUGGGCCAGAAUCCUCAAAGGCAGAACGCUGUUCUAGUUCUAAAGCACUCGACAGCUUUCCCUUUUAAGACCCGUUUCAAUAGAAUCGUCUGUUCCUACUGCCAUGAUGAGUUUGAACCAAUGGCCGCGUUGAGGGAACAUAUGAAAACCGAACAUUCCACUGCUGACUACAACAGCGCUUUCUAUAAAGUCUACGAUGCCCUAAAAGUAGAAAUAACAGACUUAAAGUGUAACAUGUGUUCACAAGACAUUCCUGAUAUUGAUAAGUUUAUGGCCCAUAUUUCGCGUGAUCACAAAAUCAAAGUCAACUUUGACGUACCUUUCGGAGUUCUGCCGUAUAGACAGGCGCCUUCUGGGCGCUGGACUUGUCUAGAAUGCGAUAAAACAUUCCCUAAAUUCUCGCAAAUAAAUGUUCAUUUAAGGACUCAUAUGAAAAUUUUCACUUGUGAUAAAUGCGGUGCUACUUUCCUGUCUGAUCAUGGUUUGCGGCAGCAUGAGCGUAAUUUCAAAUGCUACAAGUCUUCCUACAAUCCGCGUUUCGGGAAAGCCUUAAAAUACAAAAGUAAUACUGAAAUCAUUCUCGAAUGUUCCACUGCCUGUCCGUUCCGGACAUGGGGACAGAAUUUCAACUGUGUCUUUUGUCGAGUCCAAUCAAAUGACCCUAUAGGCUUGAGAGCUCACAUGGCUUCUCGACACGCGAACUUUGAUAUCCAACUAGUCUUUAGCAGAAAAAUAAGAAAGGAAUUCUUAAAAGUAGACAUCACAGACUUGCAAUGUAAACUUUGCUUUAUACCUAUAGAUACUUUGGAUGACCUAAUGGCCCAUCUUAAGAACGAUCACAAACAACCGUUGAAUGCGGACGUACAGCCAGGGGUUCUGCCAUUCAAACUAAACGAUGGUUCCAACUGGAAAUGUGCGAUAUGUAAAAUACAAUUUUCCGACUUUAUUUCCUUAAAAAAGCACACUGCAGAGCAUUACCAAAAUUACGUAUGCGACACUUGUGGAGAAGGUUUCAUAACCGAAUCAGCUUUGAAAGCCCACACAAAAAUACCUCACGAUAACAAAUACAACUGUAGCCGCUGCGUAGCUACAUUCACAACCUUAGAAGAACGGAACAUUCACAUCAAAACACAGCAUACGACUUUACCCUACAUGUGCGUUUACUGUAAAGAGAAACCGAGAUUCGCGACUUGGGAGCUGAGAAAGAGACAUCUAAUGGAGUUUCACAAUUACAAGCCCGGGGCAGAAAUGUAUGAAUGUACGACUUGCCAUAUGACUUUUAAGACUCGUUCGCAGAAGUAUCAUCACAAUGUUAAAGCUCAUAGAACGAAGAAAGAGACUGAAUAUAGUUAUCCGUGCGCUAAUUGCCCGAGAGCCUUCGCUUCGAAGUUGUCUCUCGAUAAACAUAUCGCGAAAAAGCACUUCCAUGUAUGAUGUCUUUAGUAGGCUAUGACUUUUAUAGACGUUUUCGCUAACCAUCCAUUCAAAACAUCACUUUACUAAGAGUUACUUAGCAGGACUACCGGUCUCCAAUACAGUGUUGUCGACUGUUCUGCCAGAAGGUAGUACCUAAACCAACCCAUUACCUAUCACUCGUGAAAACAAAAUUCCUUAAAGUGAAGAGAAGUUAGUGAAAACAAACUCACAAGUUUUUUUAAUUGAAACAUCACAUGAAUUAUUUUAAUUGUUUUUUUUUUUUAUUGUAAUGGAUGCUAUUAAGAAAUGCUCAUUUUACGUAACAUAUAAAAGUAAAAGUAAAGUAAAUUUUAAGUCAAAUGAUCUGACUAGGUUACCUAUGAGUGAAGUAACAGUACUCUUAUUGGUUGGUUUAUUCGAGCCGGCCAACCUGAGCGCAGAACGAGCUCUCGUUUCGAUUACUUUAAAUGUAAAGCAAAGUCGUUCAAUUGGACUGAUCGUACACCAAUAUGCUUAUAUUUUAAAAACAAUUAUCGAAUAAAGUCUUUAUACUGCCAUUAACAGUGCAUUUUUUUUAAUUCUAUUUAUAAAUCAAUAUUGAUUUAAUAUGUUUACUCAUAAAACUAUCAAUUACUUUAAAAUGGCAUAGUCAAGUCUAUAUUUUUAUUAAUUUAAAAACCCAUAUCUUUGUCUACAGAAUUGUUUUAAAGUGAUUUAAAAAUUAUUAGUUGUACUUGAUACACACAAAUGAAAUGAUAUUUUUACUUAUUUUUUUGUAUACCAAGCUUCAUAUAUCCUGCAUUUAAUAUUGAAAUGAUAGAUGGCGUUCAUGUUGUCAAUAAUAAUAAAAUGUAGAUACGUUAGAUUGUAUUUAACGCCAUCUGUUGGUUGUAUAAGUAAAUUAGGAUCUCAAGCGUUGUUGACGGUUGUAUUCAACUUGUAUUGCGCUAAUAAUGCUCUCUACUCAUGAUGGUAGCUCAAGAAUUGGUGUGUGAGAAGUAUGCUGGGGAAUAACUUAAUUAAAAGUUUAAAGAUUGUGUUCAAUAUUAUCAACAGUCCAUAUUUGGUUUAUAUUCUGUCUACAUAAGAGUAUUUGCCAUAAUCUGCACGCUGGAUAGGGUUGACGGCCGCAGUUUAAUCGUCUAAAAGCCCUAAAAUUAUACCUACUUUACGAUACACGAUAUUUAUAUUUCCACCUAAAGAAAAACUUUUUUUACGAUACACGAAAUUUUAUAGUUUGAUUUCAAUUUAUAAAAGACUCAAGUUUAUCAGAGCGUUGCUGCCCGGUUGCUUUAAAGUUAAAAAAAACUUUCUGGGUGCGUUUACAAACAUACACAUCACAACGAAACCACAAUAUAAAACACGAAUUAUUUACGUGAAGAAAUUGUGAUCAAUAAAAUGAAUUGUUUUAAAGUUAUUUCUCAGCAUAUUUCUCAAAAUAUACCUAAUUUAGUAAUUAGCCAGUGAGUACGUAUGUAAUUUAUUAUUUAGAUAUAAUAUUGUAUUGAAAUUAUCAAUUAUAUUAAGACAUAAAUAAGCAAUAAGUGUAAUAAAGAGAUUAUAGUUUA